UCAGGCCAAAAAGAUCCUCGACAAGGGUGCCGAGAUCAAGGAUACCAAGCCCAAGAAGGAGGACAUCAUCUCCGACUAGGCGCGGUCGUCCCGGACAUUUACGUACAUACAAUCAUAUCCACCAUACACACAGCUCAUAGAAUCUGCGUCACCAAACGAAGCAAAAAUACCUUGUCAUGACGUUCCCUGGAUGAGAGUAGAAAAGGGAAGCGCAUGUCUUGUAGACCUGUAUCCAUGCACCACAACACAGAAUGCGACAACUUGAUGAUCGCCGCAGUCGCUUUACAUGCGCGUCGCCUGCGGUCCGGGGGUAACUGGGCGUGUCGAACGUCGAUCAACCUGAUUGAUCAUGGCUAUGCUCGCCUUUUGCCCUUUUCGUACCUGCUUGCACACCUGCCUAACAACCCCCGACCAAGUACAUCUAUUCUGGACCAUGGGCAACUGUUUUUCCGAUCCGUCUGCACCAAAGCAAGCCAAGAAGGGUAGCGGCGGUAACAAGGGGCACGUCCUCGGGUCCGCCCCUACACAAACCGCAACAACGCCGGCAGUCGCCGUUCCAGCUGGUACAGCCUCGGCACCCCUCUCACCGCCGAUACAAUCGCCAGGGAGGAUACUAGGAGAUGGAUUCGAGGAUGCGAACCGUGGGAACGAUGCGCGGACGAUGGCAGCGGCUGCAGCCGAGGAGAGGAUGAAGAGCGCUAACAAGCGAGGAGUACAGAAUGGCGGAGGAAAGUUGACUGCCAAGCUCGAAGCGGAGAGGCGGAAACCGUUAUACUCGAAUGAUAGCCAGGAUCAGCCGAUGGAUAUGAGAAAUUACAACUAGUCAUGAUUACGACUUCAAGGAUUGGCAAUACCAGGGACGUAAACAAGGCAAUACCCAGGGAAAUCUCGUUGUACUUUAUUAUACCAUGCUCUAACCGUUGUACGAUCGUGAUCUAUCCGUCUCGGUGAAGCUUACCAGUCCCCACCUUCGUCAUUCAUCAUGUCCAGAUCGCUUCUGACAACGGCUGUCCUCGCUC